CUUCUUACAGUUACCAGGACGGUGCAAAAUGCCGCUUCCGUCGAUUCGACCGCGGGUCAUGCCGCAGACGCCCAUUCAGCUGUAUCGGUUUUGCUUGGGCUUGAUUCGACACAUGCCGCCAGUGUUCCAGCGUCGCACAAGAGCUAUUGUGCGCGAUAUGAUUGUCAUCAACGGACGGCACGCCAGGCCGCAGGACGUCCCGCGGCUCGUGCGCGAAGGCGUCGACCACAUGGAAAGCUUCUACCUCGUCUUCACCGCCAAGCCAGAGACCAUCCUGCAGCUGUUCUAUGCAGAGAAUGUGCUUGGAUCUGCGAGUGCGGCGUCGUCAGCCCCGGCGUUCAAGCAGCCAGACCAAGGCCGCCCAAACGAGACCACGCCCAUGCAGUAAUCCACAAGCCAAAAAGUCUUGGCGCGCCAAAUCGCAUGCUGAUCGAUAGGCGUGCAUGGACAACAAGAAGGCUGCAGGAUAUACAGUACAUUGGGAUUGGGAUUGUUUGUACCAGCAAUGCGGCUCCGGAAUGCCAGUUGGUUGCUGGCCUCACGGAGUGGUCCUCCUGUGUUCCUGCUCUGAGGCUUUCGAUUGCCCUCCGUGGUGAUGGAUCGAUGCUACUGGGCACACUAGGUCAUUGAAGGGUAUCUGGUGGUACACAGUUUUGUGUUCAAAGCCAAUUUAACUCAAGAAUCAAGUUUGGCACAAGCUCGAUGGCAGUCCGCUGGUAAUCCCGAGUUGGAAGCCAGUGUUGCACUCUUUCAGUGCCUAUGUUUACACACCUUGGUCGGUUGAGGCUGAAACUUGCCUCAACAUUGUCGAGAAAUUGCAAACUGUAUUCCAACUGAAGACAAACUGCCAUGCACAAUUCUAUUCCAAUGAGUGUCAUCAGACGUAUCCAACAUAAAGCAAAUC